AGGACAUGAGAACAUGGAAAACCCCACAUUUUGAGCCUCUUUGUGACCUUUUUGCUGUUCGUUCUUUCUCUUCCCAGCCCAACCUCCACUAAAUCGGUCUCUGACCUUCCUGCUGCCUCAGCUUUGUGGUUCCAGACCCACCCCCAAUCCCAGAAGAUGUCUUUCUACAGACAGAGCUCCAGCUCCCGCUGCCUGGCCCCCUGUGGGAUCUCCUGCCCCCAGCCCUGCGCCGACACCUGGAACCAGCCCUGUGUCACCUCCUGCGGGGACUCCCGGGCUGUCAUCCACCCUCCGCCCGUGGUCAUCACCUUCCCGGGGCCCAUCCUCAGCUCCUGUCCCCAGGAGAGCAUCGUGGGGUCCUCAGCACCCUCAAACUUCCUGGGAUCCGGCAACUUCCUGGGAUCUGGGGGUUCCUACGGCUCCUACAGUUACGGGAGGUCCUACUCUUCCUACGGAUCCUCUGGGAGCUGCAGACCCUGUUAAACAUCCCAGGAAUGAGCAGGAAGGAGCCAAGAGCCGCCACGGAGCCUCCACAAAUCCCCGCAGUUCCCAGAGCAUCUUCAUCCCCAAAUCCCGGCACCUCCCGGAGCACCCUCAGCCCCACGCUUUUAUGUAAAUUCCCUUUUCUUUUCCUUUUUUUCCCCUGCGGCUCCUGCAAAAAACGACCUCAGAAUGGUCCCAUCCAUGA